AUGACAGUGACAGAGGGCAAAACCCAACCAGAUAAUGUGCAACCAAUUGCCUCGGGCUCAGAGCAUGUCGCAGCAAGAGAUUUUGUAACCGAGCCAGAAAACCGUCCGUUGGACACUGCUUCUUUUCAGGAAGAAGGAUCACGUCUUCGUCAUUCAGAAGAAGGCUCACCGACGCAUGGCUUAGCGGAGCCCGACAGCAUUCGGGUAGACCAAUCCAUUCCAGAAGCUGCUCCACAAGACCCUUCUGUACCAGAUAUACCGCCCAGUGCAGCAGUUGCUGCUCUUGAGACUCCGGCUAUAUCUGCACCUUCAGCAAUUCCAGUGAGGAAGUGGCUUUUACUCGAUGGCAAGCAAGGCACCUGGCAAUACGAGCCUGGGAAUUCACGCCCACGAUUUGUGGAGAAAAAGUUCACGAGUAGAAUCAAAGACAGUAACGAAGAAACAUUACUCAAAGCCGCACGUUUUGGUCAUGAAGAUAUCUUGGCCACUCUUCUUCUUGAGCAAGAGGCUGGUACCGAGUUCGUCGAGCCACAGCGGCGAAGGACCCCAUUUCUCCUUGCAGCGGAAGGCGGCUAUGCUGUGAUAGUCCAGCUGUUACUGGACAAUGGUGCCAGAUGGAAAGUGACUGACAGUUGGAAAAGAACAGCACUGCAUCUGGCAUCUUUGAAUGGACGAGAUGAGGUCGUCCAACUUCUCCUGCAUCGUACCGCAAUUGGUGUUGACGAUAAAGACGAGCAAGGCAGUACCGCACUACACCUUGCCGCUCGAAGUGGAGAUGAGGUAGCAAUCAAAUGCCUCUUGGAUCACGGAGCGGUUGUGCAGAUGAAAGACAAGAAAGGCAACACGCCAUUACAUCUAGCUGCUAAGAAAAGUCUCGCGGCGGUAGAAACCCUUUUACGCAUCGCAGCUACACCAGUUGACGACAAGUCCAGCAAUAACCGAACACCAUUGAUGCAAGCUUGUGACCGACCGCCUUCGGAAGACAGUGAAGAUAUCGUUAAACUUCUCAUACACAACGGAGCCAAGGUUUCAGUUCGUGACAAUAAUGAAGAGACGCCUUUGUUUCUUGCAGCUUCGAACGGCAACUAUCGAGUCGUGGAGCUGCUGAUUCAGCAUCACGCUGAGGUAAAUACUCUGAAUGUUGCUGGCAACUCCGCCUUGUUUGGUCCUGCGAGACUCGGAUACGAGGAAACUGCUCGAGUUUUAUUGGAAGGGGGCAUCGACAGUCGUGUUAUCAAUAACGAUUCACCAACCGGUCGCACAGCUUUGCUUGAAAGUGUGAAGUAUGAUAAGGCCAAUGUUGCACUUUUGAUCCUCGAGAAGUGGGCGGAAAACGGGUUUGAACACCAGAAUCUGCUGCAGUCCGCCCUUUUUGAGGCGGCUUUGUAUGAUAGCUCGAAAGUUGCGCGAUUGCUUGUUGAGAGAGGAGCAAAUAUCAGCGAAAAAGAAACGGUAUCCAGCAAGACUCCGGUUGAGAUUGCAAACUCACAUAGCAGCACGAAGGUCGUUGCGCUGCUGUUGGAGAAGGGUGGCCAGUUGUUCAGUCAAGGCCCAUCAUUGGAUGCACAUAUACCACAGGCACCAUCCGAGAUCGACGCAACUCCGUUGAUGCCAGUGGAUAGCAAGAUCGACUUGGGUUUUGGGUUCAAGUCUACUAUUGUGUCCUUUUCCUUUGAUAGAUAUGAAAACUCCGCCAUAGUUCGACCACCUGUACAGAGCGUACUUUACGAUCACAAUCCAGAGGCGAUCAAGACUGGGCUCCAGGCAGCUGCUGGGCUAGAUCCGAAUGGCAAGAAUUUUCGUUGGCUACAUAUCCCGGGCAAUAAUCCUGUUUGGGUCAAUAACCUCAUCACUCGGAUCUACAAAGACUGCAGGCCCGUUGAAAAAGCUGCCUACUUUCAGAAAAAGUGCAAACAUCUGUUCGGUGAAGAAAUAUGGUCGAGGCACCAAUACCAAAUGUCUUCGGCAUCCGUCGCACAUCGAAGGUUCAUCAGACCAGUCUGUCAACAGAUCCCAAUCGACAAGACUGAUAAGGAUAAUAUGAUGAUGGUUCUACCAUACUUUCAUUGGGAAACUACUAAAGCACGAGACAAGAUGACAAAUGUAAUCAUCGAGGCAAUGAAGAGCUGUAUUGGUGAUGCCUCACCGUCAUCAACAGCAAAGUUGAAGGGUCUUAGUCAAGCUUUGAAAGAGCUGGAAAGGGCUCGAAAUCCGGAUUACGAUGAAGGGGAAACAUCGGAUUCUGCAACAGACUAUGAUUCCUCAAGUUACUACACUGUCACCGAAUCAUCAACUGCAACUUCGAGUGACCGAAGGACACGGAGAAGCAGAAAUAGCCGGUUCAAAAAUGAAAAGACCAACAUGAAAGAUGAGCCGGAAUGGAUAGCCGAUUGGGCAGGCCAAAGAGAUCCAGAUACCAGAAAUGUUGGCCGGUCGAAGAGCGCUGCUGUCACUCGGCCGGAAGAAGAGCGAAGAAGGAAAAGACGGAUUGAGAAGAUCGCUGAGCUUGCGCAAACCAGUCGAUCAGCAGACGAUAAAUUGGUUUUGAGUUAUAUGUUCCAUGAGACUGCCCCAAUGCACUUCAGAAGAACAUUGGACCAGUAUUAUUACUAUACCCUUCCCACUACGGAGGCUCGUGAUAAGGACCAAGUCGUAACGAGGUACUUCGAACGGACCUGGCCGGGUGAUGACAAACUGGUUCUGAUGGUGGACCAACUUUGGCUUUGGAUCUUGGACAACGACACGAUAGUCACGAGCUUCCCGCAGCGCUGGGACAAAGCUAAGAAACAAGGAGACCGUGAUCCGGACCCCAGUAACGCCUCCGACAUCGUUGAGACUGUACUACGACAUGUGGCAAGAACAGACCGUCGGCCACUUGAAAGUACUCUUGAUCUGGCUGAAUUGAUUGCAAGCAAAUGUAUCGGUACCAUGUUUGAGCACCCAGAUUUUGCAAAUGAUAAAUUGCGGUUCUCGGAAUUUUUCGAAGUCUCCAUUGGGAAUGUGACCAACGAGGAGUCCAAGAUGUUUGAUGAGUUCACGGAACUAUCGAAACGGCUUGCCACCGGCGACCAUUUCGCUGCCGACCUUGAUAUGCUAUUCAACAUUUCGAAAGAGACAGACUUGAUCAAGGAGAUUAAGGAUAUUCGGGAUGAGCUGCACAUCAUCUCUACUGUUCUUGUUGAUCAAGAAAAAGUGCUGGUCGAGAUGGACGCCAUCAUACGAGCGAUCAAAGAGGGCAAGGUUCAUGAACCGGCAGAAUCAGAGGAAGACGCGAAAGACGCUCGGCAGGCAUCUCGAACUCAACAUGGCCUGGUUGGAAACGUCCGCAGACACAUUGAGACUGUAAAAGCUCUUGACAAACAAGCCGAGAAGACUUAUCUUUCGUUGAAUGAUCUACUAGAUCUGAAGCAAAAGCAGGCAAAUGUGUCAGAAGCUCGAUCUCAACGACAACAAGCUCAAGAAACUGCACGACAAGGCCAGACUUUGAUGCUUUUCACCGUCAUUACAGUAUUCUUCUUGCCACUAAGCUUCCUGACCACCUUUUUUCAACUGGACAUUGCAGAUUAUGUGCGAAAUGGCGAGGGCCAACUUGGUUUGGGCUAUAUCUCUGAGAUCACUUUUCCUAUCACUGCGGCUGUAGUUGCAGUUUCACUUGUCCUGGCUUUCCGCAUCAAUGUUGCCACAAUCUCGGUGAAAUGUCUCAAGGCGACCUGGCGAGGACUUAAAUACGCGGCUGGAGCUCUGCUGGUGAUCGCCCUGAUGCCAUUCAUAUUUGGUAUCGUGUUCAGUACUAGCCGCGCAGAGUCAACACGCAGGCCCAGGGAAACGAUCAUCGAGGAAGAGAGAUACAGCCGCUAG